AUGACCCUGUCUGCUUCUGAGGGUCGAUUUAGAAUACGCUCGUACUUGUGGAGGAAAGCUAGUGUGAUACAGCAUGUGAGGAAUCAGCAGCAGCCUCCCACUUCUCCCGGUUGUAUGUACACACUCAAUAUCCUGGCUCCAAGGGACACUGAUGAAGAUGAAGAAGGCUCCAGUAUUCUCAAGCCUGCAGAAGUUACUGGCAAAAAAACUAGUGCUAGUACUCAAGCCUCCCUGAGCUUGACCCCCAAGCCUCGACUCUUCUGUGCAGUCACCGGUCCAUUGCCAGCUCUCCUCGUUCUUGAAAACAAGGCUUACCACAGUAGCACUAAAUGUCGGAUCCGGCUGUCCUAUCACCGAGUACGUCGGCAAAAGCAAACUGGUGAAGCAAGGAUGAAUCUAUUUGAAAGGAAAGGCGUCCAUCCUAGGUAUUUCGUGUGGGAAAACCAUCUCAAGUUGAAGGAUAAUUACAGAAGAGACACCCAAACACCUCCAGCCUCCUCCGUCCGCACGGCGCUGGACACCCCUCGCGGUGGCCGGGGCUCACUACGGGCUCCGGGCCUCGGCUUCCUGCCCCAGGGCGGCGGAGCGCCGCUCUGGGGAAGGUGCUGCGCGGAAACGUGGCAGCUACGGGAAGGGGCGGCCGCCCGCGCCGCGCCGCCCCCUUCUCUCGGCCUCUCCGCGGCCUCCGCCACCCCGGCCGAAUUCUUGCAUAAAUUAUGCCAGGCGCGCCUGACGUCAGGUGGCGGCGCGCGGGCGCGGGCGCGGCGCGGAGGGAGCCGGCCGCGGGCGCGCGCGGUCCCGGAGGCUCGUGCUCGUGGCGUGCAGGGCGCGCGCAGGCGCUGGCGUGCUGGAGCCGCGGCGGCGGCGGCGGCGGCGGCGGCGGCGGCAGCGGCGGUAGCGGCGGCGGCGCGGGGGUUGAGCCGUGGUGGUGCGGACGCGCUCGUGCUCGGGAACUAUCGGAUUAAACUUGAAUCGAGUGGAAUUACACAAAGGAGCGCCGCGGAGGAGGCGGCCGGGGACCCGGAGACCCAGCAACUCGCCAGAGCCCCGUCCGCGCGCGGCCAACUCCGCGUCCGUGGAUCAACCCCGGCCGCGGCCGCCGAGCCAACUCCGGAGCCGCUCUGCGUUUUGUUCCCCACGGCGCGCGGCGGCGGACCAGCCCGAGCGAACGAGCGAGCCGGUGAGCGCAGACUUCCCCGGCGCCCCCGGGAGGGGCGGCGGCAGGAAACCGCGCCGGGCCGGGCCGCGGCCGCGCGGAGUUGCGAGCGGGGAGUUGGGCGUGUGCGGGGCGCGGGGAGAGGCGCGCGGGGGCCGCGGUCGGCAGGAGCGCAGCGCCACCCGCCCGGUCGCCCGCGGGACCCGAACCCGCGGUCCCAGCGCCGCCCGGUGCCCCAACUUUUGCCUGCGUCCGCGGGGCCGGCGGCGGCGGGGGCGCGCGGGGCGGCCGAGGGUCACUUCCUCGCAUGUAAAUGGAGGGAGCGUGUCUGCGCGCUGGGGAGCGCGAGCGCGUUUCCUCCCGCCGGCACCGAGCACGAGUUGCCGGCUGCGUUCGAGAGAAAAGGGAAGGAGGAAAAAGUUGGGCUCCAACUCCGGCGCGAGCGGCGGCGGGCGCGCGGGCGCGGGGCGCUGAGCGCGGGGCUCGGGGACGGCGGCGCCCCCCGCCUCGCCCCCGCCCCCCGCUCCGGCCCGACCACGCCGCGCUCGCCGGGAGCGGCGGCCGCACCGGCGCGAACAAAGUGCGUCCCUGCGGGCGCGGCGGCGCCAGCCCGCGCGGGGACGGCCACGGGCGAGGUGGGUCGGUGGCAGGGAAAGUGCGCGGGGCGCCGCGUGGGGCGGGGGCGGCGCGAACACGCGGCGCGGGGGGCGUCCCAAGCCCAGCCGGCGGUGGCCGCGGAGUUCCGAGCCCGCAGCCCGGGGCUCCCAGGGCUCCCCGGCGGCUCCCAAGUGCGGGAGGACGAGAAGAAAGGGAGCCGGGCCGGGGCGAGCCCUGUCGGGGGUCCGGGCGGGGGCGGGGGUCGCCAGGUGGCCCUGGAGCGGCGGGGUUGCGGGGUUCCCCCGCGGAGAGCCGGCUCCGAGUGCCAGCGGCCGAGGUGGCUGGAGGCCGAGCGGUCAGCGGGAGAGGAAGGAGGGCGGCGGGGGACGCGUUGUUUGUUUGCUUCGCACCGGGGACGGGGCUCGCCGGGGGCGCGGGGCGCGGGCGGGGCGCGACGGGGCGCGGUGCGGGGUGGGCUAGGCGGCGCGGGGCGAGCGGUACGGGGGGGGGGCGGCCGGCUGGCGGGGGCAGGGGACUGGUCAGGAGGCUCCGGGGAAGGAGCAGCCGGCUCCAAGCAGCCAUCAUUCCCGAGCAGCCUUUCUCCGGAUGGCUCUGCCUCGAGGAGCCCCGCGCCGUGGGAGCGCACCCCAAACUCCAGCCCAGCAGCCCGCUUUGUGAGCGCCCCCGUGGAGCGGGCGGCGCGGGGAGUGCUACGGCCGGGCAGUACGGUUCUCCCAGGAGGUCACUUUUAG